GGAGGAGUGAUAAACAGGGAGACAGUGAGCGGUAGAUGGUGCGCCUCAGAGGUAGACGAGAACCUGAAUGCAGUGUCAGUUAUAGCCUGCCCGACCAUACUUCCCGUAACUGAAGAGCCACCGCCAGAGACCACUCCCAUAAAUCCAUUUGAGUCUCGUGCAGUACCGAAAAAGCCUGAGUAUGAAGCUGAAACGGAACCGCCACCUCCAGAAAGCUUGUGCGUUCCCUUCCGAUACGGAGACGAAAUCGUGAACGGAUGCGUGGGCGAGCAAGGGAAGGAGGAGAUAAUUAAGACGGAGGGAGAAGGAGGAGUGAUAACCUGGUGGACAGUGAAAGGCAGAUGGUGCGCCUCAGAAGUAGACGAGAAUCUGAAUCCCGUAACCAUUAUACUGUGCGACGUGUGCGUUCCCUUCAGCCUCAAAGGGAUGCUCAUGAGGGGCUGCGUGGGCGGCCAGUGGUGCGCUGCAGAGGUGGACGAGGAUAUGAAUGUCAUGAAGGCUAUGAGCUGUCCGGAAAUUUCUUUCGUAACAGAAUCACCGCUAGAGACCACUAGUACAUAUGAGUAUGAAGCCUCAGCUGAAACGGAAGAGCCACCUUCAGAAAGUAGUGGGUGCGUUCCCUUCCGCUACGGAGAGGAAAUCGUGAGCGGAUGCGUCGGCAAGGAAGGGAAGGAGGAGACAUUUGAGUUGGUGGGAGAGGGAGGAGUGAAGUACAAGUUGACCCUGAGCUACAGAUGGUGCGUCUCCGAAGUGGACGAGAAUUUGAAUGCCAUGAAGAUUAUAAGGUGUCCGGAAAUGGCUCUGCCACCCAUGGGCGCCGCCACUACGCCUACCGGUGAGGCAGUGACCGGACUGUGUGUUCCUUUCCGAUACGGAGGGGAAAUUGUGAGCGAAUGCAUCGGCGAGGAAGGGAAGUGGGAGGUAAUUGAGGUGGAGAGAGAAGGAGGAGUGACAGACAGCUGGACAGUGAAAGGCAAAUGGUGCGCCGCAGAAGUAGACAAGAAUAUGGAUAUCGUAUCAGUUAUACAGUGCCCAAUGGAGCAGUGCGUUCCCUUCCGAUACGGAAAGGAAAUCGUGAGCGGAUGCGUCGGCGAGGAAGGGAAGGUGGAGACAUUUGAGUUGGUGGAGAGGGAGGAGUGA